AUGGGAGGAUCGGUCCGAGCAGAGAGUUUGAUAGACGACGGCAAUAGAGCGCAGUGGUCUAGCGAUAUCGUGUUAGGGUCGCUGCGAGGCAUUGGGGGUGCGCAGGUAGUCAUUCCUGGUGUGUGUCUGCGGUUGUGGACGGGUGGUGUGGGUUCUGUCGAUAUUCUAGUGAAAUAUAAUAUGUGUGUGGUGUCUCCAAAACUCCAACGAAUUUGUAACAAGUGGCAACGGAAAUGCGAAGAGAAGUACCCGAAGCACUAUGCAUGCCGCCAAUUCAAGCGAAAUUGCCGCUCGGUUGAUCUACAGCUUCACCUCAACAGCACAUCCGACGGCAACAUCAGGCCAGCGAAUUCCUCGGAUGAGGCUACAGAGUCCGGAGAGCAGGAGGGUGGAGUAAAAAUACUGGAGCAGUGUCAGCAAUGGAAAAGGACCUGUGCCAAGAAGUAUCCAGAGCACUAUACUUGCCGGCAGUAUCGACGCAAGUGUGGGUUUGUGGACGCACUGGCGAAUAGUUCAAGAAAUAGCACCUCAGUUUCACCUAUCUCUACGAAGUCAGCAACACAUCACCUCAACACUACUACUAACAAAACUUCGACAGAUAUUGACCGAGAAGCAGACAGCGAAAAUGAAGAGUCUGACUCCAUAGAACUAGAUUCAUAG